UCCAACUCCAAUGCAUCACUCCAUCGUCGCAAUGUGAUUCCCAGUCACCGUGCGGUCAGAUCGUGAUUUUACUUUGCCCAUUCCCGUUACUGGUAUACGUCGAGCAGCCACUACCCACCUUUGCUUUGAUCUAGGGCUUGCUAUGCACCUACGCAAUGUAUCCCGGACCACCAACAUAGGCAAUGGCUGACCAUGGAGACGAUCAUUCCCCAGCUCCUAAAGUCCGCAACGAACGCCCAUUCCUGUACCCAUGGAAUCGUCGACUCCGUCACCUGCACGGCAUCUCCUUGCGCAACCUCCAUGUGACUGCCCCGGGCCCCCGCCGACACGCAAAGACCAUCACCGACGAUGAUGCGCCUUACAAUCUCACAUCCCCCGCCAAACGCGCACUCAAAGGCGACUCUAAGCCAUUAAGCCACUCGCGCUCCUUCACCAACCUCGCUACCGCAGCUGAAGAAACACCUACUCCGGGCGGCUUCCAAAAGGCGGCCACAUCCUAUGGCAAGAAUGACAAACAACCGAGUAGACCAGGUACUGGUAGAAUGCGCCGAAGAAGCACUUUACAUUGGGGGUCAACAAGUCCACGGGCGCGACAGUCGAAACUUGAAGAUAUGGUUGUCAACCGCCUAGCUGAUACCUGGGUCUCGUUACACUGCCCAGGCAGUGCGGAACCUGUCUAUAUCAGCGAGGUCAUCGAAAGCUCUAUGAACCCAAGUUUCGCCUUCUUUGACCUAGAUGGUAGUGGCCCUCAGGUCUCACGGUCGGACGAAGGUGUUGCGCGGGUAUGGGCCAAAGCCUCCAACGCCGAAGAAUAUUGCCUACUGGUCGAGCUCGAUUUCAACUUGAGAUCUCUACAAUUCAUCGGCCGGACCCUCGAGAAUUUCCAUCACCCCUUGCCCCAAAAUUGCAUCCUGCUGCAUUUGUCCGACGGCAUAUACACAAGCUUCACUGAUCUGCCGGCAGAUUCUCACGCCGACGUCCAACACUCCAUUGAUCACAAGGAAGGCUCGAGCAAACCAGGCUCUCCAUUCGACGCUCUGAUGCAGCUGGCAAACCUGGACGAAUGUAUCCAGGAUGCCGUCAAGGUCAGGUCGCAGCUAGAGGAAGAGAUCAACAAACUCAUCACAGAGGCGCAUCUUCUUAAGGUCGACGAUGAGCCUAACACCGAAGAUGACGAUUCUCGAAGCCAGGCAGCCUUGGCCGCUGAACAGAAGCACCUUCGGCAGCUGACGAAACGGAGAGACGAUCUGAAGGAGUCUCUAAUAAAGCGGCGGCAGGCUCUAGAAGAAUGUCGUGUUGCAGAGGUGAAACUCAAGGCGCUUAUUGAGAAGAGAUCCAAAUCUUGCACUGGAGUGGAGAACCAGCUGCAACAGAUCGACAAGGAUUCUACUGGUCAAAUACGCCGGAUAUGCGAAUCGAUCCUCACCAUUUACCCCAUCGAACCCGUCAAAGGCCGCACGCUCCAAUUUACCAUUCGCGGUAUUCACCUACCCAACUCGGUUUACAACGACACGAACCGGGACGAGAUUGCCGCUGCGCUGGGAUUUGCUGCUCAAUUGGUCAAUCAAUUGUCGCUUUACCUGUCCAUUCCAUUGCCAUACCCAAUCGAGCCAUACGGAUCAUCUUCCUUCAUCUCGGAUCUUAUAUCAUUCGGGUUGAGCCAGCGCAGGUACCCUCUACAUCCCACAACUGUGCCAUAUAAGUUCGAAUACGGAGUCUUUCUGCUGAACAAGGAUAUCGAGUUUCUCAUGAAUCGGAUGGGAUUGAGGGUGCUUGAUAUUCGACAUACACUACCGAACCUCAAGUAUCUGCUGUAUGUGUUGACGGCAGGUACCGGAGAUAUGCCAGCCCGGAAGGCUGGAGGUGUCCGGGGUCUCGUAGGUGGUCGUACAAGCUCAGAGGCCUCGCGUCGGACAAGCGAAGACAGUGUUCAAAGUCUGCCACCGACGUUCAGGCCAGACAAGAAUCAGACAAGGGCGAACGGAGGUGGUCUUGACACCACAGAGAAAGAUGUUGGUGACCCCUUUGUAUCAAAAUCACCAGCUCAUAGUAUGCCAUAUCGACAAGGCUCCACUGACACAUCAGGUAGAUGACAACGAUGAUCAUACCAUUCUGUUCCUGUUAGCCUGACGUACGGCAUACGCUGGAAUAUCACAAGCUUCUGCUAAAUACUUGACGUGCCAGAUUGGCUUUGUGUCCUGGAUUGUCAGCGCCCCUGUUGUGUGACUGAGGUCCUAGGUCAAAAGAACUCUCUUGGAUAAGACUGGCAUACGACAAGGCUCUAUACACUUCACAUGCGAUAAAGCACCAUUCUUCCGAUC